AUGUCUCAUAGGGAUAUCUCUGAGGUGGAGCCCGAAGGUACGUCGGCCUUGGCAGCUGGAUCAAGAUCUCUAUUUUUAGAGACUGUACGCCGCAGCAAUGCAGCAUGUCAAAAUGGUGAUUAUGCUCUUGCUGCAAGCUUAUACACAGAAGCUCUUGCUUUGGAUCCUCUCAGCCAUGUGCUGUAUUCAAACAGAUCAGCUGCCCGACUUAAAAUGGGUUUAUUUGCACUUGCUCUUCAAGAUGCUGUUAGAGCCACUGAACUCAGUCCUCAAUGGCCAAAGGCAUAUUACCGUCAAGGAGUAGCAUUACAAUGUCUAGGAAGACAUGGAGAGGCUCUGGUGGCCUUUAGUACAGGUUUGGCACAUGAUCCUACCAAUUGUCAAUUAUUAUCUGGCCUUGUGGAAGCAUCCUUAAAAUCACCAUUACGUGCAACACUAGAACCAACAUUUCAACAAUUACGUGCAAUGAAACUUGAUGAAUCUCCUUUUGUUGUUAUUUCUGUUGUUGGUCAAGAACUUCUUGGAGCAGGACAAUAUAAAGCAGCAGCUGGUGUAUUAGAAGCUGCACUUACUAUUGGUUCUUGCAGUUUAAAAUUAAGAGGUUCUGUAUUUUCCGCUUUAUCUAGCGCAUAUUGGGCAUUAAAUUCUUUAGAUAAAGCUAUCAAUUACAUGCAACAAGAUUUAGGUGUCGCGCGAUCUUUAGGAGAUACACAGGGUGAAUGUCGAGCUCAUGGAAAUCUGGGCUCAGCAUAUUUUAGCAAAGGAAGUUUUAAGGAAGCUUUAACAGCACACAGGUAUCAAUUGGUUUUAGCUAUGAAGUGCAAAGAUACUCAGGCUGCAGCAUCUGCUUUAACUAGCCUGGGUCACGUUUAUACAGCUAUUGGUGAUUUACCAAAUGCACUUGCAUCUCAUAAGCAGUGUGUACAAUUAGUAAAACAAAUGGGAGAUCGACUUCAGGAAGCACGAGAAAUAGGUAACGUGGGAGCAGUUUAUUUAGCAAUGGGAGAAUUUGAAAGUGCUGUUGAUUGUCAUACACAGCACUUGAGAAUAGCGAGACGCUUAGGCGAUCGUGUAGAAGAAGCAAGAGCUUUUAGUAACUUGGGUUCAUCUCAUCAUUAUCGAAGAAAUUUUGGUCAAGCAAUGGCUUAUCACGAAAAUGUACUAAGAAUAGCUCAAGAAUUAGGUGACAGAGCUAUAGAAAUGAGAGCUUAUGCUGGAUUGGGUCAUGCUGCAAGAUGUGCAGGCGAUCUCGCACAAGCCAAGCUGUGGCAUCAGAGACAACUUGAUGUUGCUUUGGCUACAAAAGAUAAAGUAGCUGAAGGGCGAGCGUGCAGUAAUUUAGGAAUAGUUUAUCAGUUACUUGGUGAGCAUGAAGCUGCACUUAAAUUACAUCAAGCUCAUUUAGGUAUUGCUAGAUCAUUAGGAGAUAAAGCUGGUAUGGGUAGAGCAUACGGAAAUAUCGGAAAUGCUUAUAAUGCAUUAGGAUAUUAUGAACAAGCUAUUAAAUAUCAUAAGCAAGAGUUAACAAUAAGCAAGGAGGUUAAUGAUCGUAGUUCAGAAGCUAGUACACAUGGGAAUUUAGCAGUAGCAUAUCAAGCAGUACAGGGUCAUGAAGCAGCAUUAAGACACUAUAGAGCUCAUUUGGCUAUUGCACGCGAGUUAAAAGAUACAGCUGGUGAAGCAUGUGCUUUACUGAAUCUUGCUAAUUGCUUGUCAUCUCGUGGCAGAUUUGAAGAAGCGGUUCCAUAUUAUGAAAAUUAUCUUAUGUUAUCUCAGGAGUUACAUGAUGUGGAAGGAGAAGCUAAAGCAUGUCAUUUCUUAGGCUAUGCCCAUUACUGUUUAGGUAAUCAUCGGGAAGCUGUUAGAUAUUACGAUCAAGAUUUAGCAUUAGCUAAGGAUUUACAGGAUAAAUCUGGAAUGGGAAGAGCUUAUUGUAAUUUGGGAUUAGCACAUUUAGCUCUUGAGAAUUUAGAUACAGCACUAGAAUGUCAAAAAUAUUAUUUGGCUAUUGCACAUAUGACUAAACAUUUAGCUGGAAAAUUUCGUGCUUUGGGAAAUAUUGGUGAUUGCCUUUUACGUCUUGGUGAAGCAGAAGAAGCGAUAAAAAUGCAUCAACGACAAUUAAAUUUAGCACGACAAGCAGGUGACCGUAGUUUGGAAGCUGCUGCUUAUGGGGCUUUAGGAAUCGCGCAUCGGACAAUAAAAAAUCUUGAUAAGGCAUUAGGGUUUCAUACUCAAGAAUUAACUCUAAGACAAGAAGCUGGAGAUUUACGUGGCGAGUGUAGAGCUCACGGAAAUUUAGGUGCGGUGCACAUGGCAUUGGGUCAAUAUACACAUGCAGUAAAAUGCUAUCAAGAACAACUUGAAAGAGCAAAAGAAUUAGCGGAUUCAGGAGUUGAAGCACAAGCUCUAGGAAAUUUAGGAAUAGCUAGACUUAAUAUGGCACAUUACGAAGAUGCAAUUGGAUAUUUUGAACAACAAUUAGCAACUUUAGAACCAUUAACUACGGGCACGGCUUUAUUGAAUAAAGCUAGAGCACUUGGAAAUCUAGGCGAUUGUUAUGAAGCUUUAGGAGAUCCAGAGGAAGCUAUUAAAUGUCAUGAGCAGCAAUUGACUGCUGCUACAAAAUUGAAAAGUAUAAGAGAACAAGAAAGAGCAUAUCGAGGCUUAGGUCGAGCUCGGGAAGCGACUGGAAAUUUACAAGAAGCUUUAGUUUGUUUUGAAAAGAGAUUAGUAGCUGCACAUGAAGUUGAUAGUCCAGAAUCGAGAGGCGCAGCUUACGGAGAUUUAGGACGAGUACACGCUGCAUUAGGUAAUCAUGAACAAGCUGUAAGUUGUUUAUCGCAUCAACUUGCUCUUGCCAGGGGACUUGGAGAUAAAGCUGCCGAAGCAGAGGCUGCUAGUGGAUUAGGUGCUGUUCAUUUAUUAAUGGAUGAUCCAAAUUCUGCAUUACGUCAUCAUCAAUUGGAACUUUCAAUUGCUGAAGCUUUAGAUGCAGCUGGAUUACAAGCUAGAGCUUGUGCAAAUUUAGGUGUCACUCAAGAAGCUUUAGGGCAAUUUGAAGAAGCAAUAAGAUUACAAGAACAAUCGCUAAGUCUUGCAGCAGCAGCUGGGGAUCAACCAGCAAGAGCAGCUGCAUUUUCUAGUUUAGGACGACUUCAUCACUUAUGCGGUGAUUUAUCACGAGCUUUGAGUUAUUUACAAUCUGGAUUAUCAUUGUCUGAAGGAUUAGGAAGAAGAGAAGAGGCAGCUAGAUUGAGACACAGACUUGGUCUUGUUCAUUGGGAAGCUGGAGAAGCAGUUAUUGCUGUGGAACAUUUAGAAAAAGCAGCAAAUUUAUUAGAAUCAUUAGAUGGAAUUUCUUCAACUUUUACCUGUGGACAACCAAACAAAUCUGAAUUGUUAUCAGAAACAUACAGAAUGUUGCAAAAAGUGUUAAUCAGUUUAAGCAGAGCUGAAGAAGCUCUGAAUUGGGCAGAAAGAUCGAGACGAUGUAAAAGUAAUUGUUUGGAUGAUACUGCCCAUUAUUCAGAAAUCAUUGAUAGACAACGCGGAGUUAUUUUAUAUUAUAGUGAAGUAGGAUGCGAAUUACAUGCUUGGUGCUUAGCUCCUGGUCGGGGUUUGUUGCGAUUUCAUUCUACUAGUUUAGAUGAUGGUAUAGGAUUGGAAAAGCGAGUCUUACAAGCACGAGAAGCUCUUUUAGACGAAACAAGCGAACUUGUUGAAGAAACAAAAAUACCAUCAAGAGGACAUCAUCUUAAUGCUAGUUCAUAUAGUUUGAGCAGUCUCUUUAGUGUUGGUUCGGUUAGUUCACGAGCAGGAAGCGCUCGAUGGGGACGAGGAACAAAAGGACCUACAUGGCAAUCACCAUUACCAAUUCAAGUACUCUACGAUUUACUUUUAGCACCAUUUGAAGAUCUUUUACCACCAGCAAGGAAGGAAUUAAUUAUGGUAGUGGAAAAAUCGCUAUAUUUGGCGCCACUUCCAGCUUUACAAUCAAAUCCUGGAGAAGAUUAUUUAUGUGAAAGAUUUUCUUUAUUAGUAGUACCAUCUCUUGCAGCUUUAAGAAAACGGUCAAAAACUCCUAUGCCAGAGGGAGGUGCAACAAUAGCUGCACUAGUUGCAGGAAAUCCUGUGCUUCCUGAAGAAAUUAGAGAAGAAUAUGGAUGGUUUGAAAGCGUUGCUUCUACUGAAACUGAAUCUGAAAUUGUUGCUGAAUUACUAGAAGCCCGUGCUUUAACUGGGACAGAGGCAACUAGAUCAGCCGUUUUAAGAUCUUUACCUGAUGCAGAAUGUGUACAUUUGACAGUACCAGUUUUUUGGAAUUCUGCUAGUUUAGCAUUAACUGCUGAUCCUUGUGAAGAUCCUUCUGUAAGACCAGAAUACUUGCUAAGUUAUUCAGAUAUUUCAAAACUAAGAAUAGCUGCUCGUUUAGUUGUAAUAUCUGGUGGCCAUGGUUGGAGUAGCACAAAAAAUACAACUGCUACAUCAGAUGGUGUGCAAAAUUUAGCCAAAGCUUUAUUAAAUGCAGGAGCACAAUGUGUACUUAUAGGAAUGUGGGCAGUUCCACCUACGGCUGGUAGUAUAUUAUUACGAGCAUUUUAUAGUGCUAUGUUACAAGGUGCUAGAGCAUCGAGAGCGUUAGCAAAGUAAACCUUGAAAAUUUUAUUUCAUUUAAGCAUUUAUAUAUACAUGAUUAUUCAUAAAGUAUACAUUUAGGUCGCUUUAAUGGGACAAGCACUUGCCGAAUUACUACGUGGUGGCCCUGAACAAAGUCGCGACGCACUACGCGUGACACUUCAUUUAGUAGAAAAAUCAUUGCAACGUAUACAUCGUGGACAAAAAAAUGCUAUGUAUACAACUCAGCGCAGUAUUGAAAAUAAAGUGGGUGCAGCCACUGGUUGGCGAGAACUUUUAAUGUCAGUAGGUUUUAGAUUUGAACCUGCUGGAAAUGGGAUACCAUCUUCCGUAUUUUUUCCACAAAGUGAUCCAGAAGAAAGAUUAACAAGAUGUAGUGCAAGCUUACAAGCAUUGCUAGGAUUAGGACCAUCAUCAUUACAUGCACUGGCUAGAUUGUUACAGGCGCCAGAAGCAGCAGAAGAUGUUAUUGCAGCAAUGAGAAGAGCUACAUGUGCAACAGAAGGACAAGAAGUUACGUUACCAGUACAAGUAUGGAGAGCAUCAGGAUCUCAUGAAUUAUUUGCAAGUUUAGGCUUUGACCUUAUGGAAGUGGGUCAAUCAGAAGUCACAUUAAGAACAGGAAAACAAGCAUCCCGAAGAGCUGUUCAAUUUGCUCUUCAAGCUCUUUUAGCCUUAUUUGAUACACAAGAAGCACCUAAAAGUCUAACUUUAGACUCUAGUAGUUCAAUGGAAAGCCUAGCUUCUGUUGCUCAUAUUGAAAAGAAUGUCAUAGAACGACCUAGACUAGGAGGUGCAUUUGCAAAUUACGUUCGUCAUCGAGGUGAACCAGAUGGAAAGACUAUGGAACCACCAAACGUUCCAAUUCCAACAUCGCGACAACCAUGUCAAAACGGUGGAGGCGAAUCAGAUGUUGCUUUUACUCCUAGUCCUCCAGUAGCACUCAAUUUAAAUCAUCAAACACGCAUUAGAAAUCUUUACCCUGAUCAAAGCAUAAGACCAGGAUCUAGUUCAAGCAGUUCAGUAACAGAUUGGGAUAAUGGUCAUGCAACAGUUUUAAGGCGACAACCAUUACCACCUUUACCAGCAACAGUACUAGAAAGAUUAAGUGUUAGAACAGAAAUUGGAUCUAAUUCUCCAAGAAAACCUCGUCAUCCUACAACAACUGAAGAUAUUUGUUCUCAGACUGAUUCUACACAACCUACAGAAACACAUAAUCAGAAUUUAAGAAAUGUGGCCACAUCUCUCACGAGUUUAACACGUGAAUUAACACCUACAAUUUCAGAUGUAUAUCACGAGCGAAAUUUAGGAUUAGGAUUGGCGCCAUCUUUAUCAAAAUUAUUAGAAGAAGUAGGUUCUGUUCCUGGAAAUGAAGAAAAUCAAUCAACACGAGUAAAUCAUAAUCAAACUCAAAAUUGGAUACAAAACGAAUCAGAAUUAUGUCGAAGGGAUGAGGCUGAUGGCAGAUCUAUUGCUGAAUCACAAUGUAGUGCUACCAGCUCUAACAAAAUACAUCGAAAAGCACCCCCUCCUCCAGUGUAG